ACAUUCAAGCAGAGAACGAGACUGAGCCAUGAGCCAAGAUCGCGAAUCCGGUGCUUCCUCAGGGAUGCCUGUCAACUUCCCCGUCGUGCGUCUGAGUGACAUCAGCCCUCGGCCCGUGUUCAUGCAGAAAUGGGAGCGCCUUCGCCACCGCGAGGCACACUGGUUCUCGCAGAUGGUCGCUGAAUUUAUUGCCGUGUUCGUCUACGUUUACUGUGGGGUGGGUGCGAAUGUGGCCUUCAUUGUAGGGACGGUUCUUGGACAGCCUGGCCUUGGCUCUCUUUUCAAUGUCGGCUUUGCAUACGCUAUGGGCAUUACACUCGCCGUUACGUUGUGCUUUGCAACUUCAGGCGGACACUUUAACCCUUCUGUCACCAUCUCCAUGAUCAUCUUCAAGAAAUUCCCUGCCAUCCGUGGCCUCCGAUACAUCUUCGCACAGAUCUUGGGUGCAUACGUCGCCUGCUUCUUUGUUUACGUUCAAUGGGGGACGUUCAUUACCGAUUGCAUUGAGGUCCUCAAGCUGAAGGGCGAAUAUGACACUGUUAUGUUCACGUCAUCGGGUCCUGCUGGUGCUUUCGCGCUCUACGGGACUCCCGGCGGCAGCCUCGGGCGCAUGUUUCUGAACGAGUUCGUCAAUAGCUUCAUCAUUGCCCUGGCGAUCUGGGGUGCACUCGACCCGACGAACCACAUGAUCCCGCCCGCUGCUGGCCCAUGGCUUAUCGGCCUCGUGUACGCAACCGUCAUCUGGGGCUUCUCGCCUGCUACACUCGCUGCCAACACAGCUCGUGACCUUGGCGGGCGCUUCAUGGCCAUGACGAUCUGGGGUACGGAGGCCGCUGGAGGCCGCUAUGCUGCGAUUGCCGCUCUCACAAACAUCCCUGCGACCGUUUUCGCCGCCUUUGUCUAUGAGAUGUUCUUGGGCUCGCAUACUCGCAUCCUUACACCCUCUGCCUACCAUUUCUAUGCGGCGUAUAAGAAGUACCACGACGACAAUGGGAUCAAGAUCCCCGGUUUUGGCGAGGACGACGAGCACGCCAAUGUUACCAUUGGACGCACCAGCUCUUACGAGAAGGCGCAGGAUGAACAAAUAUCUCGCGUUUAA